ACGAUUUCCGAGCACGUUCGACAACGCAACAGUAGUCUGUUCUGUGUCGAAUUGAACGGAGAUAAUGCUGCCAUUACGCGUGCUUUGGUUUCAUCGGCAGUUCGUUUGUCACAGUGACGUAGAUUGAGAUGCGACCGCAGUGACCGCAGUGCCAUCCACGUAUAGUAUCAUCAGCACAGAGGAAUCCAAGGCGUUAGCAUUCAAAUGAAAUACGGAAAUACCUAUUGUGCGAAAGAGAAUAUCGUGCACGCUAUACCAGUUCCUGGACUCCGCUUUUCUGUUAUUUUUCUCGCUUUGCUAUUCGCGAGCGAGAACAAGCGCUGUCCACGAUUCCACCUCCAAGGCGCGUCGUCCUUCGGUAGCCGUGUGGCGUCAUCGCUGAGGCCAGUAUCUAUCUGACAGUGUCGUAGGAUCAACGAAAAUAGCCGAUAGUGGCUUGAACUAGAGUCCGCUUUUGUUCAGAUUGUACUUUGUUCCCGCGGGACAGUGCAUCCUCCAACUGCAGGUGGUGUCAACGUCGUGUUAGGGCCAGAUAUAGAAUGAAGUUUUCUUUUCCACGAAGCGUUUUCCACGAUGACGGCACCAGGUUGUAGAUCGAUGGUGAAUUUAGUGUUGUCAAAGUGACGGCCGCCAGCACGAACGAUGAUUUGUACGAGGUAAUCCCAACGCAUGGGUAUGGUGACAUUGGUGCAACAGCAGCAGCAAACGCUUGACGAUAAUCACCAGUGUCAAAAGGAGCAGGUGAACGGUGCUGUUGUGUCUGCCGAGUGUCACGCGGUCGACAGGUUUCGCGGCGAGGCUGGGAGUUCGGCGAGGGAAACCGCGGUCGUCGCUCCGGGUAAUGGUAGCGUUGGAGAUUUCUCUACGCAGUGCAGUGACGUAGACGACGACGAUGAGGAAGAGGAGACGGAUGUCGAAGAAGGCGGUGGUUGGAUCGCGAGUCAGUCGGUGUCGUCGACCAUCGUCCAGCAACAUCAAGCGGUCGCCACUCCGAAUGGCGAUGUCGUUCUGCCGAACGCCGAUCCGUCAAAUUUCGGCGACGUUUGUGUAAAGAACUCGACGAAUGUGCAUCUGGGUAACAAGACCUUCUACCAGGGUCCGGUUACCAUAAAGCAAUUCGUUUAUACGAAUCCCAUUCCGAUUCAGGAUGCGAGUAAACUUGACUCCAGCCGCGCCUGCGACAUCGAUAUCUCGGAUUUGUCGACGAGUAAGGACAACGGAGCCCCAAACGAAUCCAUUUUUCCGCAAAAUACUGAAUUAAAUAAAGUGACCCAAUGGCUCUGGACGUGGAGAUGUGCGGCUUUAUCAUGCAUUCUAGCUAUAAUACUUCUAGCUGUUGUAAUAAUCACAACUGUAUAUUUCUCUCAUCAUCCGGAUUCACCGGUCUUCCCGGAAAUUCCAGACUCAUCGCUUGAGGGUGUAAACAUAACUUCAGUACGCUUUGUCGAAAGGAAUGAAUGGGGUGCACAGCCGCCCUCGGAACCCCUGACAAAACUGAAGCUGCCAGUACCAUAUGUAAUUAUUAGUCACACCGCGACGGAUUUCUGUACCACGCAAUCGCAGUGUACAUUCCACGUGAGAUUUGCUCAGACUUUCCAUAUCGAAUCUAGAAAGUGGUCGGAUAUCGCUUACAAUUUCCUCGUCGGCGGCGACGGCCUCGCAUACGUUGGCAGAAGCUGGGAUUACGUCGGUGCCCAUUCCUUCGGUUUCAACAUCAAGAGUAUUGGCAUUUCCUUCAUCGGUACAUUCAAUUCGGUUGUACCGCCGAAAACGCAAAUACAUGCCGCGCGAAAGAUCAUAGAGCUCGGCGUCGAAGCCGGAAAGAUCGCGCCCGACUAUAAAUUGUUAGGUCACCGACAAGUUUCGAAAACUCUGAGUCCUGGAGAUGCCUUAUAUAAUGAAAUUAAAAACUGGCCUCAUUGGUCACCCCAGCCCUGACUUGAUAACUUGAAAGUUCAACUUGUAAAUGAAAUACAAUGUCUGAAAAUAUUCACAUCCAUUUUUUCCUUUAAAUCUGUAGUUGCCAUCUGUCUAUAUAGAUAGAUAAUUCCCACAAGAUAACAGUUUGCUGAAAAUCUUACGAAUUUAUUACCACUAUCGUUUCGAGUAUAAAACCUUUUUACACUCGAAUACAAUAAAAUGACAAAGACAGUCCCUGCAGAUUUUGUGGUAUCAAUAAUUUUAAUUAAAGCAAGCUAAUUAGUGAAUAAAGGAAGAAAUGUCAUAUGUAUACGAAAAAAUAUUAAAUGUUGGAGGUACAAAAGACAUUGCACUAGUAGAACUUGACAAUAAAAUUAACUGGGUGUUAAAUAAAUGUUAAAAUUAAAAAUUGCUAUGAAAAUAUACACCGAGUAUGAUACAGAAUGCACUACAGUAAGAAAAGAUAAGCGAUUCGUUUUAAGUCAAUCACUCGGUCAAUCACAUGCAUUCACUAGUGUGCAGAAACACAAGAUUAUCCAGUUCAGUAGUUUGUGUAAAGAAAUAAAGGUGUCAACGUGACAAUUAUACUAUUAUAUAUUUUAUAAGUAUCCUGGAUUUACACCGGUUGUGUUAGUACACGAUCUUGGAGAUGACCAUCUUGUAUACAAUUUAUUAUUGUUAAACAAUAUAAUAUUUGUUGUACAUUUAACAAGCCUGCAAUUUUUUAAGUAAAAAAACAUACAUAUUUAGUUCCUGUUCAUCUUUCUUCCAUUGUCAAACUUCAUUCUAUUGUCAUUUUUACUCAUCCCACGUUUGAUUGUAAAAUGUACAUAACGUUCAGCAAAAUGCAUUUAAAUAUUAAGUCCAUUAAAGUUCUUAAUCAUGACUCGAAUGAUAAUAAGCGUGAUGUUGAACACUCAUAUUACGAUAUAAUUAACAUGCUCGAUAUGAGAUACAACUGAGUCUAUGUAAAUCUUUAAUAAAUAUGAGAUACAAGUGAUACAACCAAA